AUGACGGACCUCGGGGCAUUAGGCGAGGUCUUUAACCAGUCACGACCUGCACGCCGUGCAGACAAGACUUAUGGCAAGAAGAAAUCAGCCAUGGCUCAAGCCAGAGCCAUGCAUUUCGACCUUUUUGGUGGGCGACAAGAAAAACUCGUACUGGAAAAAAUGGCAGGGAUGACUCUCGAAAGUGAGAAGUCCGAGACUCCGACAAAGGUUACCGUUGCAGAUCCAAUGCCUUCUACUGAGAAAAACGAUAAGACCGAACUCAAUCCUCGCUUUCGUGGACGAAGGAAAGUAUAUGCUUCCAAAAAGAUCGCGAAACUUACACAGGACAAGAUCGAGGCCUUGGGCCCGUUGUUGUCUUUGAUUAAAGGUCAAGUGCAAGAUUUCCACGAGUUUGGACGGAGCAUUGGGAAGAAGUACGACUGCACGAAGCUUGGAGAGGGUGCUUUUGCCGACGUGUUCAAACUCAAAGCGAAGACUGCCGAGGAAGCUACUGAGCUGGAUAGGUAUGGAGGACUCGUGAUCAAGGUCAUUCCAUUCAAUAUCGAGAACGACUCCAAGGACGAAAUUGCAGACCUGGAAUCAGUUACACGAGAAGUCAGAGUGUUACAAGCUUUAGAUCCACUGCAUGGUUUCGCACGUUGUCGAGGCGUACACGUCGUCAGCGGUAAAUAUCCCGAUGUCCUAUCCGAAGCGUUCAGUCUCUACAAAACAACCGACCCCAAGGAGGCCAUUAAUCCUGAUCCCACCAACAAUUUGGACUCGGAGCAACUCUAUGUGAUCAUUGAGAUGAACGAUGCAGGCCGUCCAGUGUCCAAGCUAUCCGUAAUGUCGGCUUUCCAGGCAUAUGACAGCUUCUGGAUGUCAGCCAUAAUCCUGUCCCUCGCAGAACACAAGCUUGAAUUCGAGCACAGAGAUCUGCACAAUGGGAAUGUUUGCUUUAAGCAUAGGGAUAUGGAUGAAGUCGACGAUAUUCCGCGAGCCACUGUUGAGGACAUGAAGGAAGUACCUGAAGUGAAGCUCGGGCUAUCCAAUCUCGCAAUCACCAUUAUCGAUUAUACCCUUGCACGAGCGAAAAUCACCGACGGUGACGGAGAACUAGUCGUGUUCGAUCCGAUAUUAUUCUGGGAUGCCAAUGACGCGGAGGGCGACACAAAGUCCGACGCCAAGCAAUACGAUACCUAUCGGAAAGUACGAGACUGGGCGAAGACAACCGACGAAGAAGCAGAAGCACAGGCACAUUUGGAGGGAGUUGAGCACCAAGCGGUCAACAAAUACAGCCGAUUCCUUCCCAAGUCAAACGUCAUGUGGCUGGGCUAUCUCGUGACCGACUUGCUACUGAGACGAAAGGAAGGCCGCGGAGCAUAUGUACAAGGCAGCAGCCGAGCAGCCAAGAAGCUACAGCUGAGCAUGUGGAAGACACUGGAGGCUGUGGAUGCGUACAUCAACAAGACAACUCCCACACUACUACCACGGAGCGCCGACGAUUUUCUCUCCCUGGCGAUGGAGCAAGGUUGGCUGACCUCGGCGGAUAUAGAAGCAUUUAGUGCGCAAUUGGAAGGCUGA